UUGCAGUUUUAUCAUAGUUUUAUUCUUAUGAUCUGAAUAAGAUACUUACGUUAGUCCGUUUUGGAAAAAGGGGGGAGCCAUACAUUUUGCUAAAUCGAAGAGAUGAUAUAUAUCCAUUCAUGUAAAAAUCCCAAACCUCAAAAUCGUCCUAUAAAAUGUUGAUAAAUUUGAUAAAAAUUUUAUAUGUCAAAAAUCUCUCUAAAACAAAAGAGAGAAAAAUAUUAGCAACAUAUGUGACAAAGGGCUCGUUUUCUUUAUAUACAAAGGGUUUUACAGAUAAGAAAAAAGAACAAAUAACCUGAUAGAAAAUGGGCAAAGCUCAUGAAGAGAAGCAAGAGGACAUAAAAAUAUACUUCAGCUCAUCAUUAAAUCCAUAGAAGAUUUUUUAAAAAAUGGAUUUGGCCAACCAUGGACUUAUUCUUCUGCAACAGUUAAACGCUCAGCGAGAGUUUGGUUUCCUGUGUGACUGCACGGUUGCCAUCGGCGAUGUGUACUUCAAGGCACACAAAUCAGUUCUUGCUUCAUUCUCCAAUUACUUUAAGAUGUUGUUUGUCCAUCAGACCAGUGAGUGUGUCCGUUUGAAACCCACUGACAUCCAGCCCGACAUCUUCAGCUACCUCCUGCAUCUGAUGUACACAGGGAAGAUGGCACCUCAGCUGAUCGACCCUGUGCGGUUAGAGCAGGGGAUCAAGUUUCUCCACGCUUACCCGCUGAUCCAGGAGGCCAGCCUGGCCAGUCAAGGAGCCUUUUCUCAUCCUGACCAGGUUUUUCCGCUGGCGUCUUCCUUGUAUGGCAUUCAGAUUGCAGAUCAUCAGUUGAGGCAAGCCACCAAGAUUGCUUCAGCGCCGGAAAAACUUGGCCGAGAGCCACGGCCACAGACGUCCAGGAUGAGCCAGGAGCAGGUGCCUGAGGCCUCCCAGCUCUCCCAGCUGCCCUCGAACCUGACCCAGGUGAAUCGGACACACAUGACCCCCUCAGACCCGCUGCAGACCUCACUGUCGCCCGACCUCGUCUCCACUCCUGUUCCUCCCCCGCCCCCCGGGGAGGAGACCAAUCUGGAAGCCUCUUCCUCGGACGAGCAGCCUGCGCCCCUCACCAUAGCCCACGUCAAGCCGAGCAUCAUGAAGAGGAACGGAAGCUUCCCCAAGUACUACGCCUGCCACCUGUGUGGGCGGCGCUUCACCCUCCGGAGCAGUUUGCGGGAGCACCUCCAGAUUCACACGGGGGUCCCCUUCACAGCCAGCCAGCCCGGAGAGAGCCGCGUGCCCCUGUCUCUCUGCAGCAACACGGCGGACCUAGGAAAAGACACCAUGGAGGUGCCUGAAGCGGGGAUGAUCAGCGACAGCGAGCUGCGGCACAUCUCGGACUCGCCCAUAAUCGAUGGGCAGCCGCACUCGGAGACGCCGCCGCCCUCAGACAUCGCGGACAUUGACAACCUGGAGCAGGCGGACCAGGAGAGGGAGGUCAAGAGGCGCAAGUACGAGUGCACGAUCUGCGGUCGCAAGUUCAUCCAGAAGAGCCACUGGAGGGAGCACAUGUACAUACACACCGGGAAGCCUUUCAAAUGCAGCACUUGUGACAAGAGCUUCUGCAGGGCCAACCAGGCUGCCCGGCACGUGUGCCUCAACCAGAGCAUCGACACGUACACCAUGGUGGACAAACAGACUCUGGAACUCUGCACCUUUGAGGAAGGCAGUCAGAUGGACAACAUGUUGGUACAGACGAACAAACCCUACAAAUGCAACCUGUGUGACAAAACGUUCUCAACUCCCAAUGAGGUUGUUAAACAUUCAUGCCAAAACCAGAACUCAGACGUUUUCGCCCUAGACGAGGGGCGGUCCAUUCUCCUGGGCAGUGGGGACUCUGAAGUGACGGAGCCCGACCGCCCAGUGUUAGCUUCCAUCAAAAAGGAGCAGGAAACAGUGUUAUUAGACUGAAUGUUACUUAUCUUUUUAAAAAACUGUCAUUUUUACAAAGACUAUCUUCCUUCCCUUCCCCCAAGUCAGAACUCUUGUUCUCCAUGGCAUGAUACAAACAGGUCCCCACUCCCUCCCUCCCCCUCCCCCUGCCCCGUCCCCAGCCCCCCCUCCUCCGUAAAGGCUUUGUGCAUUAUAAACCUGGAACAUAUUUACUUUAAUUCAGGGGAUAUUGGAAAGAUAAUGGUCAGUAGUACUUACAAGCUCAAAUAGACUUCAAGAAGUUUUGGAUGAUUGGAACUAAUGAAGGGUAUAUAACAAAACAAAACAAUUCGAAUGCAAUUUGGUAAGCUAAAAUUAUGACUUUCCCUGGGUAAUAAGUCUUCCUUCUCAGAAAGACAAUGUCUGAAAAUACAGCAUGCUGCCUAGAGAUACAGUGGGGCUCUGUACUAUGCAAAAUCUAGAGGUGUGGGGAACUUUAAGUCCAAGAAAACGUACUUAGUAUUUAUCCUCCAGAGGUCUUAUUUCAGAAUGCAUCCUUUGAGAUUAUGUCCAGUUAAGAAAAAUUAUUAGUUAAGAAAUCUACUUGAACAAAACACAAAAGAGAAAAAGUAAUAAUGUGAUGGCAAUCUUAAUUUUUGGAUAAAACGUGACAAGCUGUGAGUUUGCAUGUCUGGAAGAGAAAAUGUGUGGAUACUUGAUGUAAACAGGUGAAUUAAUGCAAAUGCCUUAUCUAACUGCUGGCUUCUUUCAAAGUUGAACAACAACAAAAUACUGUGUUUUAGUUUCUGACAAAUUUGUCAGUUGUUUUAAAAACCAGAUUUGAAAGUACUGUUCUAUAGAUUGUCUUUCUGAAUAGAAAACAACAUGCCAUUCUAGCAGUUGCCAGUGGUAAAUUUGUUUUUAGCACCAGUCAGCUGCUUUUAAAUCAGUGUGUGUAUGUGGGGAAAAGGAUACAGGAAUAUGCAUCUUACAGGGAAACUUGUGAGCAGAUGUAGCAACUUCAAUAACUUUAAAUGUUACUGCUAAUAGUUUACUGGCAACAUUCAUUGAAGCAUCAAAAAUGGCAAAGAGAAAUGAGGACAAAACACUUAACUGCUGUUUCGGAAAAAACUUAAUUUUGAUGUUUAGUCUCCAGUUUUUUUUUUUUAAACACUGAAAUUUCCUCCAUCGGCCUGAAAGCAGUAAAAGUUGUCCAUUAAUCUUCCUUUAGGCCAGUAACAGAAUGGUCUCACAGGAUAAAACAGGAGCCAGAAAUAAGGACCGAAGGGGAAAGGGAAGAACAGUUAAUAACUGUGCUGUACGUAUAUGUUAAAAACUGAAUAUCCCGUCAUCCUAUUUCAUGUAUAGUUGAGUUCUCAGAUUUGUAAGUUUUUAUACAUACUUUCAUUGAAUAAACAUUUGACUAAAUGGGUA